AUGAAGCGACAAGGGCACGGUAAGGCAGGCAAAGGCGGCCGACAGUGGAAUGAACGGCUGUUCGUGGGCCAGGACAAGGUGGCUAUCUUUGGUGCCAACACCGGCUGCUGGUGGUGGCUCAUUCGCGACUGCCCUGGCCUCACCCACGCGCACGCGGUGGCCUCCAAAGGUGAAGUCAAGCUUACGGCCUCCAGCCAGGAGGCCCUCGGCGCCGCCGUCAUUCGCGUCUGGGAGAUAGCCUCGACCAUGGAGCACACCACCAUUGCCAUUCAGUCGGCGCAGGCUGACGAACUCAGCCAGCAACGGCACCGCAAGCUGAAGCAGGUGCAGGCCACCUCUGGGGCGUGGGUCCACCUCGACCCCCACUGCGUACUUCAUAUCAUUGGCCUGAAGAAGCAUGUGCUCAAGGCCAAGCAGCUGGUCGAACGGAUGCUCACCACUACAGUGACUCGAGAGUUGGGCUCGCUUGCCAGUCUGGUGGUGGGGCCAGAUGGUGCUACGGCCCAGGCAAUCUCCGACUCUUCGGGCGCCGAGCUCUGGGUGAGCGACUCGGGGCUGCUGACCAUCACAGGCUCUGAGGCAGCUGUCGCCCUCGCACUGAAGCAAGUGGCCGACGUCACGGCCUCGGUCAACGGGGCGAGGCGUUCCCUGCGACCCAAGCGAAGAGCACGCCACCGCAAGCUCAAGCAGCUCCCGCUCAAGCCGCGGCUCCUGUUCCUGCCCCUGCCGCAAAAGCGUCCCCGGCUCCUGCUUCGUCACCGGCUGCAGCUUCGGCCUCGGCUUCGGCUUUGGCUCCGACUCCGACUCCGGCUCCUGUUCAAGCUGCUAGUGGCGCCCGUUCACAAGGCCGACAAGCCAAAGGUGAGGUGGCUAUGGCAGGGAGAUCAGGGAGAAUGGACUCAGUACCCGCGCGAGCACGAAAAGGAGCUCGAGCGCAACUACAGCCAGUUGGUCCACAACGAAGCCGCCACCAUCCUGCACUUCACCGCCGACCGUUUUUCCUACCGGGUCAAGCGCACCCGCAGGGGCCAUCUCGUUCAGAUCAAUCAACAGACCCGCACAGAGAGGGCGGUCAAGCGAAAAGACGAGGCAGCGGAAGCCAAGAAGCAGACGAUGCUCACGUCGUCCAAGCAGCCGUGGUACUGGCGCAUGCCUCACCACGACGAUCACGAAGCCAAGAGAUUCCAACUCGCCCCCACCCACGCCCUCUAUCGGAAGGUCCACCGCAAAUUCUACAAAGAUCCCAGCAACAAUAAGUACAACAUUGUGGCGGUGGAGUUCAUUCAGUGCCCGAGAAGGUGGCGCGCCUACUCCUUCCACAGGCAGCAGUACCUCGACGCCGGUGGCCGAGCCGACAUCAGAUACGAGCGUCCGCUCUGGCACGGCACCGCCCUGGAAAACGUCUCGAAGAUCGCAGUCCAAGGCUUUCUCAGGCAGUUCGGCCAGCGGCAGGCCUACGGAGAUGGAGUCUACUUCGCCGUGAACGCUGCGUACUCGGCCAACCAAGCCUACUCCGUACCCGACAGCCAAGGCCUCCAAUACAUGUUCCUCUGCAAGGUCAUUGUGGGCGAGUACUGCAUAGGCUCCCCGGGCAUGCAGAUUCCUCCGCCCAAGAAGAGCAACAAGAACGAGACCUACGACUCGCUGGUCGACUGUGAGGACGACCCCACCAUGUUCGUCAUCUCGCGAGACGACCACGCCUACGCCGAGUUCGUCGUUACCUUCCAGGUCAAGGCCACCACGACGAACCACCACCCCACGCGCACCCACUUUGUACGUCCGGCGGCGGCUCCGGCCCCUGCCGCGCCGGCACUUGCCGCGCGUGCUCCAGCUCCCGCCAGUGCCACUUCUGCGGCCCCUUCCACCGCCACCACGAUCGGCAGCGCUGGCGCUACUGCGGUCACGGCGCCAUCGACGCCCCUGUCGCGGCCCCUCCACAACCCAUCAUCGACGCCCUCUUCCUCCACAUCCUAUUCGCCACUCUUCUCGUCGAGCCCUCUGCGCACAGUGAGCGGCGGCUCCCCGUACGGAAGCGGCCACGGCAUCUCGUCGCCCUCCAUGUCGUCAUCUUCUGCUCCAGCACCCACGUAUGCCGCGCGUACCCCGGCGCCCACGAGUGCUCCGGCUCCAUCUUCGCCCACGCCUUCCUCCACAGCGCCCAAGCCGACACCCGGCUGCCUCCUCAUGUGA